CUGCUCGGACGGUGAACCUUUGCAGAGAUCGCAGGAUGAGGUGGUUUCUAGUUUGCGUGCUCGCGCUCUCGGUGCACUCGACUCUCGGGAUCGACUACACACACGACCAGAUUCAGUACCAGAGCCUAGGAACAAAAAACGGCGCCUAUAAUUUCGGUUACGACACCGGAGUUUUCGGAGCUCAUUCAUUCCAUCAGCAAUGGAGAGAUGAAGAGGGUGAGGUGCGCGGAAGAUACGGAUACACAGAUCCCAAUGGCGACCUGAGGAUUACUCACUACAAAGCUGGCAGGGAUGGAUACAAAAUUUUAAUGGACAAGGUGGAGCCCGGAAAUCCCGUCCGAGCUGGCCCUCGUCCGCCCCCAGGCUCUGGUGAUGCUCUUGUCGUCCCAGGAGCAGGAGUGGUUUCCAAAGGAUUACCGGCUGAUGUUGCUGCAGAGCCAAUCAGCAAUUACAGGAACGCGCUCGUGGCCUAUCCCAAUGGUCCCCGUGAAGAUUACGUGGUUGGGAAGACUCGAUAUUUCGUCCCAUAUAGACAGGCCGGACAAGUGGGCCGACCUGCCGAUGUUCGCCAGCCAUAUCCGCAGGCUCUCUCGAAGUUUGACAGGUAUUACCGACGACCAAGUGAACCGGUGAAGCGCGUGUAUUACAAGGAUGGCCGGCCCUUGUCGUACAAUCCGUUCGAAGUUUACGCACAGAGAGCGACCUUUGGCUACAACCCCUUCGCCUAACGGAUGCGGAUUGUCUGAGGGAGCGUGGCCGACUCGAUCGAUCCGAGGAGGCACGAAUGUAAAUAAAUCGAAGGAAGAGAAGCGUUCCCCGCCGGGACGAGUUUCAGAAACUUCUCGAGUUCCAGAGCCGUGGUUCUCCUAUUUAUAUAUUUAUUGAGCGCCAACCGUAUCGAAUAAACAACGGUCAAGUGAGACCGGGGAGGAACUCAG